UCAGUUCGCAAGAGACUAACAUCUCAGAACAUACUAUUUCUGAAGCAGCUCGGCCUAAGAGUUUAUCAAGAAAACAAGGGAAAAAAUUGAUUUUUCACAUACUUUUUAUUUGUUGUUGUAACAAAAAUGGAAGAAAUUUUAAACAUUCUAAGUCCAGUUAAAUUUGAUAAUUCUGUGGCACACUAUGAGAUUCAUGCACAUCAACCAUACGUGUCAUCAGCAUUCAAUAACAGUGAUGAGAUUCGAAUUGCAGUUCAACAUCAAGACUUGUACAUUCUUCCCUCUAAAAGUACUCUACACGUCACUGGCAGAAUUGUUAAGCCAAACAAUACGCUUGUAACUAAUACAAAGUUAAUUAGCAAUGGUAUUUCCUACCUGUUUAAUGAGAUUCGUUAUGAAUUAAAUGGUGUUGAAAUUGAUCGCUCUAAAAAUGUUGGUAUUACAACCACAAUGAAAAAUCUAAUUUCUCAAACACCUAAUCAAAUGAUUUACUCUGAAAAUGCUGGUUAUCUACCUUAUGAUGAUGAUACUAGAGUAACAAAUGAUGCUGGAUAUUUUGAUGUAAAUAUUCCACUAAGUAUGAUUAUUGGUUUUGCUGAAGACUAUCGAAAGAUUGUUGUAAAUGCAAAACAUGAACUUAUUUUAACAAGAUCUCGUACUGAUCUCAAUGCUGUAGUAAACAUUGGAGUAGCUGAGCGUGAAGAAUUUAAAAUCAUAAUUAAUAAAGUUGAAUGGUUGAUUCCAUAUUUAAUGGUAAAUGAUCGCCAAAAAAUUGAAUUAUUGAAAUUCAUUGAAAAAGACUGA